GUCAAGGAGAAGGAGUGUGUAGAAUCUGCGGAAACAGUUUCUAAAGCCUCUGACGAUGGCAGACGUCCAGACACCAGCGAUAGGCAUCGACCUGGGCACCACCAACUCGUGCGUGGCUGUCGUACGCAAUGGACGCGUGGAGGUCAUUGCCAACGACAUGGGCCUCCGCAUCACCCCAUCAUGCGUUGCAUUUACGGAUGAAGAGCGUCUCAUCGGCGUUGCUGCAAAAGCACAGGCGGUGCACAACGCUACCAACACAAUAUUUGAUGCCAAACGUCUCAUGGGCCGUAAAUAUGAUGACGGAAUUGUCCAAAAAUGUAUAGAACUUUGGCCGUUCAAUGUUGUGGAGUCUUCUUCUGGAGAUCCAAGAUUUCGCGUUGAAUACAAGAAUGAGACGAAAGAUUUGUCACCCGAAGAGAUCUCAGCAAUGAUUCUAGGAAAAAUGAAAACCGUUGCCGAGACAUACAUCGGUUCUCCCGUCAAAGAUGCCGUAGUUACAGUGCCUGCCUACUUCAACGACUCCCAGCGCCAGGCGACCAUGGAUGCGGGUAAGAUUGCUGGUUUGAACAUCGUGUCUCUUCUCAACGAGCCCACAGCUGCCGCCAUCGCUUGCGGUUUCAAUCAAAAGAAAAACACUAAGCAAAACGUUAUGGUGUUUAAUUUUGGUGACAGUACUUCCGACAUAACUAUACUCAGAAUUGCGGGAAAUGAUUUUGAAGUCAUAGCUAAUAGUGAUGAAAUCUAUCUUGGCGGCCGUGACAUCGAUGAACGUUUGGUGGAACAUUUCAUUGAAGAAAUCAAGGUAAAAUAUAAUAAGGAUAUUAAAGACAAUUCAAAGGCCCUGAGUAAACUCAGGACUGCAUGUGAACGUGCCAAGAGAAGUCUUUCUUCAUCAAAGAAGGAACCCAUUCUUGUAGAUUCUCUUUUCGAUGGCAAUGACUUCAAGUCAUCCCUCAAUCGAGAUUGUCUGAUGAAACUGUGUUCUGACCUCUACAAGAAAAUCAUGGAGCCCGUUGAUGCAGUUCUGAAGUCGGCGAAAAUGACUGUUGAUGACAUCGACGAGAUUGUUCUAACUGGAGGCUCUACCAGAUUUCCUAUGCAGGAGCUUCUUAAGAAGAAGUUUAAUAUGAGCAAGCUCAAUCAAUCGGUCAAUCCCAAUGAAACUGUCGCUCACGGAGCUGCUAUUCACGCAGCUUCUAAAUCAGGUGGCAAGACAAUUGAGAACAUAAAGUUCGUAGAUGUCACUCCAUUGACACUUGGGAUAAAUGUUCUUGGAAACUUGAUGAGCCGAAUUAUUCCACGCAACUCCAAACUUCCUGCGAUUAAGAAGAAGAAGUUCGUCACUACUGUUGAUUAUCAGACAGGUGUGGAUAUCAAAGUGUACGAAGGAGAACGACUCAGUAGUGACGAGAACAACUUGCUGGGUGAAUUCUCUUUGGAAAAUAUUCAACCUGCUAAAAAAGGUAUCUCCAUAAUAGAGGUAACUUUCGUUGUCGACAAUAAUGGAAUUUUGACAGUGACAACUGAGGACGCAGCCACUGGCAGCAACGAAGAGAUCGUCAUCCGCUGCAACAAAGGCCGACUGCCGAAGCAAGAAGUCGAGCGAAUGGUCACCGAAGCAAAAGAAUUCCAGAAAGAUGAAGAAAAGAGGGAGAAGCUUGCAGGUGCGCUACAGGAAGUUAAGGCUCUCAUUGUUAAAGUAAAAGACUUGAUUAGCGAGCUGAUGAACAACGAUCUUGAAAACUUGGAGUUGGACAAUUUCUCGAGCGUCUGCACGGAUACUGAGUAGUGGCUUGACGAGAACGAACAGGAAGCGGAAGAAGAGUACCGUUCCCAUUACAAUUCUCUUAUUGAAGUCAAGGAGCGGAUGCUUAGUAAUUAAGUUUUUUCGAUGUUACGUAUUUUUGGGGCGAAUGCUGAGGGUCAGCAUUCCUCAACUUCACAUUUUAGUUCAUAACCUCUCCGUGGGUAAGAACGCAAAAGUAUAUAUAAAUAAU